CUCCUCCUCCUCCUGCUGCCGCCGCUGAUUGAGGGAGCGACUCGUCGCGCGGCCGGAGGGACCCCCGCCAGCUUUUUUUUCUCCCCUCCCCCUUCUUCUUCCUUCUCCGUCGCUUCGCUGCCGCCGUUUCUUCCUCCUCUUCGUCCCUCCCCUCCCCUUCUCCCCGCCGCCGCCAUCUUCCUCUCUUCGGCGCCUCGCCGCAGCCGUCGUCAGGUUUCAUCUCUCGUGAAGAUGUCUAAUGGUUAUGAGGAUCACAUGGCCGACGACUGCAGGGAUGAUAUCGGAAGGACAAAUUUAAUCGUGAACUACCUUCCUCAGAACAUGACCCAGGACGAGUUACGGAGCCUCUUCAGCAGCAUAGGGGAGGUCGAAUCCGCCAAGCUUAUUCGCGACAAAGUGGCAGGACACAGCUUGGGUUAUGGUUUUGUGAAUUACGUGACUGCGAAAGACGCUGAAAGAGCAAUAAACACACUGAACGGCCUGAGACUCCAGUCUAAAACCAUCAAGGUGUCGUACGCUCGGCCAAGCUCUGAGGUGAUUAAAGACGCAAACUUAUACAUAAGUGGGCUGCCUCGGACAAUGACGCAGAAGGACGUUGAAGACAUGUUUUCACGGUUCGGACGCAUUAUCAACUCGCGCGUGCUGGUUGAUCAGACUACAGGCUUAUCCCGUGGGGUUGCUUUCAUCCGGUUUGACAAGAGAUCGGAAGCCGAGGAAGCCAUUUCAAACUUCAACGGCCACAAGCCGCCGGGCUCCUCCGAACCCAUCACGGUGAAGUUCGCCGCCAACCCAAACCAGAACAAAAACGUGGCCCUCCUGUCACAGCUCUACCACUCCCCAGCUAGACGGUUUGGGGGGCCUGUCCAUCACCAGGCCCAGAGAUUCAGGUUCUCACCCAUGGGUGUAGAUCACAUGAGUGGGCUUUCUGGUGUAAAUGUCCCAGGAAACUCCUCUUCAGGCUGGUGUAUCUUCAUCUACAACCUGGGCCAAGAUGCCGAUGAGGGAAUCCUCUGGCAGAUGUUUGGCCCCUUUGGCGCGGUGACUAAUGUGAAAGUCAUCCGUGACUUCAACACCAACAAGUGUAAAGGCUUUGGCUUUGUGACAAUGACAAACUAUGAAGACGCCGCGAUGGCCAUAGCGAGUCUUAACGGCUACCGGCUGGGGGACAAAAUCUUGCAGGUUUCCUUCAAAACCAACAAGUCCCACAAAUAACUUCGCUCUCGUGGCUUUUUUUCCCUUUUUUUUUUCUUUCUUUCUUUUUCUUUUUUUCUUUUUGUUUUUUUGUAUGGAAUAGAUAAUCGAGUGACGAAAAAAGUUUGAGCCUUUUUUUUUUCCUUUUUUUUCUUUUUUUGGUUAGUGUACAACUCAUUUCCUUUUUUUUUUUUUUUGGCGCCAAUUUUCACAAAGUUGUUUGUCUUUAGUCUAAACGGAAAGUUGGAAGGAAAAAAAAAGAGGGGGUUUUAUACUCUGGGAUGCCACCCACAUGUUCAAAUGUUUUGGGUUUUUAAAAGUCCCAUAAUGGUUCUAUUCUUGGGGUUUUUUUGUUUUUUUUUUAAAGUUACUUUCGAAGUAGUCCUGUUCGCAAACUCCCCUUUGACACCCCCCCACCCCCCCAAAUUUCAAUGGAUGAAACUAUUUGCACCCGUUGCCAGUGAAACAUCUCCUUUAAGAGACUGCUGUUAAUUUCACUGAAUAAGAGUUUGCUAAGGCAGGGCAUCAGCCAAAAAUCCUGUUAACCCCAGUACUUUUGAGCAAUGCUCUUAGUUAAUAGCAUCUUCUCCUUUUGUCAAGAAAUUUGCUAGUGAAAAAUUAACUUAUGGGUGAAAAAUGACUUAAGGGAAGACUGGAGAAUAUGAAAUCCCAACCCUGGGUAACAACUUCGACCGCUGUAGGCAAAACCGAAACUGAAAAAAAAAAAAUCACCUUUUUUAUAGUGUGUUUUCCCCCCCUUUAAAAGCCCAGAUUCCAUAAAAAGGACCAAAGAGUUUUGAGAAAACUCUGGGGUGAUUUCAGAGUAAAAGAAAGGAAAAGAAAAAAAAGAAACUCAAGUCCCAACAUUGCCACCUUCUCCGAAUUCUUAGUUCCAAUUAGCAUGUUUUUGUGCAUUUGCUUUCUGGUAAAACAAAUGUGGCAAGAUUUAACAUUAAUCUCCUCUCACAUAUUUUUAGUUGGAAUAACCGAGUUCUUAGAAUUCUCUUGUGAAGAUCUUACAAACAUUUGAGCAUCAUAAUUUUUUUUUGCAUCCCUUCUAAUAAUUACUAGGAAUUUUUUUUUUCAUAUUUUAAUAGUUGAAUUUGUUUUGACAAAUAGCUUUAUAUAUUUGAAACGCUCAGCAGAAAGGUACAUUAAAACUUGCAAGUUUGAGAUUACAAUUUUUUUUUUUUGGUAGAUUUAAAUGUUUUAAUUAAUCCCCAACGUUUUCUUCAGGCUGCCUUGAAACUUUUGAGUUCUGAUUUCUGUUAAUUUUCUUUUGCUUUUUUGUGUUUUUGUUUGUUUUUACUUUUGCAUUUAAGACCAAUUAAAUUUGAUUUGGUUUUGCUGAAA